AUGAAGGCUCUCCGUGCCUCAGCCGGGACGUCCCAGCCGGUCCUGUCCGCUCCGCAGGUCCUCACGGUCUUCUAUCAGGUCCCUGAGCUCCGUGACCUGCACCACAGCUUCUACUGCGGGCCUCCUCCGAGCCGGUGGUCCCAGUGGGUCGUAGCUUCAGAUUUCGGCUGUAGGCUAAUUGAGCGAGAUGACGAGGGUGCUAAGGAUCCUGGCCCUGUCCUCCCCUAUGGGCUGGAUGACAUGAUGUUCCCACCCUCCUCCCUGCCCCCCUGCACCUCUCUGCUCCCCGUCCUCCUGCAUCUCCUGGUCCUACAGCCUUCCUCACUGCUCUCUUCUUCUCUUCUUCACGUCCCAUUGAGCUGGACGUCUCCCCAUAACCCAUGUUACCACAUCGAUGGCCGCCCUCGCCACUGCAUCUCCGAGUUCAUCAACGCGGCCUACGGGAUCUCCGUGGACGCCGUGCGCUCGGGACACGACUACGACAAUAACCUCACUUCUCUGACAGACCUGCACAAUCCUCACAACCUGACGUGCUGGGUGGCACCUGAGGGCUCCAGGGAGUGGGUGCUGACCCUUCCGCUGGGACGGCGCUUCGAGAUCACAUACAUCAGUUUACAGUUCUGCCAACAAGGAGAACCAGCCGAUCCCAUCUCCAUCUCCAUUCACAAAUCUAUGGACUUUGGGCGGACAUGGAGGCCUAUGCAACACUACUCCAGUGACUGUCUCAGGGAUUUCAACCAGCCGUCCCAGACUUCAGCUCUCACCAGGCACCAGGAGACGGAGCCCCUGUGCUCUGACCCGCGGCCCUUACAGAGACAGCGGGGAGGCAUGGUGCUGGCUUUCUCCACGUUGGAUGGGCGGCCCUCUUCCCCCGACUUUGACUACAGUCCGACUCUUCAAGACUGGGUCACAGCCACAGACAUUAGGAUCAUCUUUCACAAAGUAACCAGAGAGGAGAAAGUUGGGUUUGAAGUCAGCAAGAGUCCACCUCCUCCACGGUGGCACGAUGCAGACGAGAACAGGAGGACUGGAGGAGUUUUGAGAUGGAGACCUGGUUUUACUCAGUUGAACACGGAAAACACUUUAGUCUUUUUUGACACCGACGCAAAGUUCUCAGAGAUUCAGCAGCGAAACAAAGACAAACACGGAAGAAAGGGUCAGGACAAAGAGGGCCACAAUGUUACGAGUAAAGAAAGCAGAGAGACUUUAGAUCUGCAUGUCCACGCAUCGCACAAAAGAAAAGGCAAAAGCCGUGGCCGUAAGAAGGACAGCAGUCUUUGCCCUAAUAAGGACUGUGAUUGGACAACGGAGGGGCGGGGCAGGGGCAACAAGGGGCGUGAGCUGAGAAAGAGACGCAACAAUAACAUCACCAGACCCAGCGUCAGGCACCUUCAGAUGGUUCCGAUCCCAGCCGAGGCCGUGCGAACCCUGGCUCUGUCUGACCUGCAGGUGGGGGGGAGGUGUAAGUGCAAUGGCCACGCCUCCAAGUGUCGCCGUGACGACAGCGGGCGGGCGGUGUGUGUUUGUGAGCAUCAUACGGCAGGACCAGACUGUGACGUGUGCGAGGACUUCCACUACGACCGGCCAUGGCACCGCGCCACGCCCACGAACCCCAAUCCCUGUGUCUCUUGUGAGUGCAACGGCCACAGCAACAAGUGCCGCUUCAGCAUGGAGGUGUUCCAGCAGUCGGGCCGAAAGAGUGGAGGAGUCUGCCAGAAGUGUCGCCACCACACGGCCGGACGCCACUGUCAGUACUGUCAGAACGGAUACGCCCGCGACCACAGCAAGGCCAUCAGCCACCGCCGGGUCUGCCAGCCCUGUCAGUGCCAUCCUCUGGGGGCGGUGGGUCGAUGGUGCAACCAGACGUCGGGACAGUGUCUGUGUCGGGAGGGCGUGGCCGGCCUCAGGUGUAACCGAUGUGCCCCUGGAUACAAGCAGGGCAAGUCCCCCCUGCGGCCCUGUGUCCGGAUCCUCGAGGUCGCCCCGACACCCUUGUACCAGUCCCAGUACAGCAUAGCUGAGGAGUGUGUGUCGUACUGCCAGCCCUCUCAUCACAAAGUGCGAAUGAAUCUAGAGACCUAUUGUUUCAAGGACUAUGUGCUUAAGGUGCAUGUGAAGGGGAUGGAGCGCUCUGGGCCCUGGUGGCAGUUCUCCAUCUCAGUACAGACAGUGUUCCGUGCAGGAUCCACCUCCAGCGUGCGCAGAGGAAGCCAGUCCCUGUGGGUUCCGGACCGGGACCUGAGCUGUGGCUGCCCUGCGCUCCACGUGGGCCGGACGUUCCUUAUGAUUGGGGCAGAGGAGGGGCAGAGGGACUGGGGGCCCGAGGAGAGGCGGCUGGUGGCAGACCGCUCCACGCUGGCUCUUCAGUGGAGAGAACACUGGAGCCCCAAACUCAGGGGCUUCAGGGGUCAGGACAAGAGGGGGCGCUGUCCUCCCAAAGCAGCCAGUGGUCAGCAGCAGAUUGGGCACAAGACAGAAUACAUCCCCCCUCACCUCCUCAGAGACUCUCAGACACAGACUGAGACGGAGACCGUGGAGCCACAGACUGAGACCGAGACAGCCGCGCCCUCCGCCUUCAGCCUGCUCUGCUCCACACCAGCAGCUUUGUAG